AUGGCCGGUGCACGUAACGAGAUCACCCCGGCAAUUGCCGCGAGCCCAGCCAGAUCUGGGAUGGGACGUAAGCCUUCUGGCGCACGUGCUGCCCCUGCGAGCAAAAUCCCGUCAAGGAACUCCUUCGCCCCCGACCAGAGCCUGCAAGAACGCGACGACGACGACGAAGACAUGGUCGACCUCCACGACGCCCCUCCCCAAGUCGCUAGGGCGCAACAGGCCCUCGAGGAUCCCGACGCCGAUGCGUUGGCCGCGCUGACGUUCCUUGAGCAAGGCGAGGACGCAGACACGAACGCGUCGCAGCGCAGACCGUCCGCGCCUCCUUAUGCGACGUCAUCAUCACCGUCCAUCCCUCGGGUAGUUGAACCUGCCGAUGGCUCUGCGAAGUCCUCUGCAUCGCGUGAGUACAGAUCGUCAUUUGCGCCAUCGAAGCAAGCUGCGGAACGCAAGGCGAAGGCACAAGCGCAGCAAGCCCUUCAGCAAGCAGCUGUCAGUCGUCCAGGAAGAGCCAACGGUAAAGCGAGAGUGUCGAGUCGUGGGGCGUGGGCCGAGAGCAGUGAAGAAGAGGACGAGGAAGAGGAGGAAGAGGACGACGAUGCAGAUUCAGACGAGGAUCCGGCGCCGCGCAUGCCCUCCGGCCAGCAGUCGGCGUCGGGCUCUAUUGCACCCAGCAACUCUGGCAGUGCUGCCAAUUUAUCCGGGAGAGGCCCUUCCCCCGCAGCACCAGAGACUAAUGGCGCAUAUCCGCAGCCGCGCCGACCUCCGCGCGAGUUGCCUCAGGUGCCGGGUCCUGGACAGCCCUAUCCGGGAAUGCAGGGUCAACAAGACGAAUAUCUUAGCCCGCAACCACGCAGGUUCAUGUCAGAUCCGUAUACUGGCCGCCAGUCCAUGAGGCGCCUCAUACAACGACUCACCGGCAGACCAUGUGGAGCCACGCCCUUGAGGCACAAUGGCACCCCUCCUCCCUCGGGACCGAGCAGGGACACGUUCAUUCAGAUGGAACCACCCUCCGCGACCAUGACAAAGGCAUUUACCCCACAUGGUCUACUGUCGGCCGGGAUCCAGGAUAAGCAGGACCGUUCCGCCAAAAGGCAAGAAGAGCUCGCGAGGGAAACCGGCGCGUCGCUCAUCAACGUGCCGAACAAGCCCCCGCCGCCACAGACUGGCCUGCUCGGUGCUGUCACCGCGCACGAGCGCGAGCACAAGCGCGAGGGUGGCAUCGGCGCCGCUCUCACCGAACGCGAGCGUGAGAAGCGUCUGGCUGAGGAGCGACAACGCAAGCUAGACGAGUAUCAACGACAGCAGCUGGAGCAGAUGCAGCAAGGCGGUUCGAUGUAUGGCGGUAUGGGCAUGCAGGGCUUCAACCCUAUGAUGGGCAAUCCGAUGAUGAUGGGUAUGAACCCCAUGAUGACGGGUGCAUGGGGCUACCCCGGCAUGAUGCCUGGCUUCACCAGUCCCCAGCAUAUGAUGGCUGCCCAGCAGGCCGCGAUGCAGGCGUACCAGCAGGCGAUGAUGGCUUUCUCUACGGCGGGCUCACAGAUCGGUGGCGACGGCGGUCCUGCCCCUCUCAAUCCGAUGAUGACGGGAGGAAGCAUGGGCAUGGGCGGAAUGGAUCCACGCAUGUCGAUGAUGGGUAUGCCGAUGAUGAGUCCGAGCAUGGGCAUGAACCCCGCGAUGGGGAUGGGGAUGAACUCGCCGAUGGGUUCACCGAUGGGUGGACCGAUGGGGAUGAACGCUGGCAUGGGCAUGGGCAUGAACCCAGCAAUGAGCCCCGGUAUGUCACCAGGCAUGGGCGGGAUGGAUCCGCGCAUGUCGAUGAUGAGCAUGCAGAUGACGGGUGGUGGCAUGUCACCGCCGGCGUUCGAGGGCAUGCACCCCGUCAGCGAGAACAGCGGAAGCGGCCCGAACAGCUCUGUUGGCGAACGACGGUCACCCGCACCGCAAGGUCACGAUUCAUCAAGAGGCAGGACGGCCGCUCCGUCGCCGCUUCGGUGA